GUUUCACUCUCAAGCUUCGGAGUCCGGGUUGCUCUGCUGUGCAGAUUCUGAAGAUCCUUAGGGAGCAGGCCUGGCUCCUGAGCACCAGGAAAUGGAACUGUUGACAUUCAGGGAUGUGGCCAUUGAUUUCACUGAAGAGGAGUGGGAAUGCCUGCAGCCUGCUCAGCAAAAAUUAUAUAGAGAUGUAAUGUUAGAGAACUACAGAAACAUGGUCUUCCUGGGCAUGGCUUCUCAUUAUAUGCAAGAAUUUUCACAAGAACAGGGCAUAAAACAUAUAUUUCAAAAAGUAAUAAAUGGAAAAUAUGGAAAUUAUGAACUUGACUAUUCACAACAAAGAAAAAUAUGGAAAAUUGUAAGUGAGAAUGAACAUCAGAAAUUAUAUUAUCAAAAGUCAGCCCUUAUUCACCACCAUAGAAUUCAUAUUGAAGAGAAGCCCUACAAAUUUAAAGAAUGUGAGAAAGCUUUUAAUGAAAAAUCUCACCUUAUUUGCCAUCAGAGAAUUCACACUGGAAAGAAGCCCUACCAAUGUAAAGAAUGUGGCAAAGCAUUCAUUAAAAAAACACACCUUAUUCACCACCAGAAAAUUCAUACUGGAGAGAAGCCCUACAAAUGUACAGAAUGUAGCAAAUCUUUCAUUAAAAAAAUGCACCUUAUUUAUCAUAGCAGAAUUCAUACUGGUGAGAAGCUCUACAAAUGUACAGAAUGUGACAAAGCUUUUAGUAAAAAAUCAAGACUUAUUCGCCACCAGCGAAUUCAUACUGGAGAGAAUCCCUACCAAUGCAAAGUAUGUGACAAAGCUUUUAAUCGAAAAAGUAGCCUUAUUCGCCACAGCAGAAUUCAUACUGGAGAGAAGCCCUACAAAUGUAAAGAAUGUGACAAAGCUUUUAAUGACAAAUCAAACCUUACUUACCACAGAAAAAUUCAUACCGGCGAGAAUCCCUACAAAUGUAAAGAAUGUGGCAAAGAUUUUAUUAAAAAAGCAUACCUAAUUCCCCACCUGAGGAUUCAUACUGGAGAGAAGCCCUACAAAUGUACAGAAUGUGACAAAGCUUUUAAUGAAAAAUCAAGCCUUGUUUGCCACAGCAGACUUCAUACUGGAGAGCAGCCCUACAAAUGUACAGAAUGUGACAAAGGUUUUAGCAAAAAGUCAAGCCUUGUUCGCCAUCAGAGAAUUCAUAGUGGAGAGAAGCCCUAUCAAUGCAAAGUAUGUGGCAAAGCUUUUAAUCGAAAAACUAGCCUUAUUUACCACAGCAGAAUUCAUACUGGAGAGAAGCCCUACAAAUGUGAAGAAUGUGGCAAAGUUUAUAGUCUAAAAUCAGCCCUUAAUUACCACAGCAGAAUUCAUAUUGGAGAGGCUUACAAAUGCAAAGAAUGUGGCAAAACUUUUAAUCAUCCAUCAAACCUUACUAGACAUCAGAGAAUUCAUAUUAGAGAUAAGAUCUACAAAUGAUAACAUUAUGCCAUUUCUUCAAGGGUGGGUCAAA